AUGGGUAGAGAAAACCAGACAAGGAUGCAUGAAUUCAUUCUGCUUGGAUUGUCCAGUGCCUGGGAGACUCAGGUCUUCCUCUUUGUCCUCUUCCUGGCCGUGUAUCUGGUGACUAUACUGGGGAACUUCCUCAUCCUCCUCCUUAUCAGGCUGGACAGCAGGCUCAAUACACCCAUGUACAUUUUCCUUGGUGUCCUGUCAUUUGUGGACAUCUGUUACACCAAUAGCACUGUCCCACAGAUGCUUGUUCACUUUCUGUCAGCCCGGAAGUCCAUCCCAUUCCACAGCUGUGUGCUCCAGCUGUGUGUCUCCCUGGCAAUGGGCAGUAUGGAGUUCUUCCUGCUGGGGGCCAUGGCCUAUGACCGCUACGUGGCUGUGUGCCACCCACUGCACUACACAGUCAUCAUGCAUGGGGGGCUGUGCCUGGGGCUGGUGGUCGGCUGCCUAGUGGCUGGUUUCAUGAAUUCCCUGAUGGAAACAAUCAUCACCUUCCAGCUUCCCCUGUGCCACAAUGUUAUUAAUCACUUUGCCUGUGAGACGUUAGCAGUGCUACGGCUCGCCUGUGUGGAUGCCGCCUUCAACAAGGUCAUGGUGGCUAUUUCAGGGUUUCUGGUGAUCCUGCUUCCCUGUUCCCUGGUCCUAUUCUCCUAUGCGCACAUAGUGGCUAUCACUCUUCACAUUCCUUCUGCCCAGGGACGCCGCAAAGCCUUUGGGACCUGUGCCUCGCACCUCACUGUGGUUUGCAUGUGCUUUGGGGCUACAAUGUUCACCUACAUGAGACCUGCGGGUGGCUCCUCUGUGGAACAGGAGAAGAUGGGUGCCCUCUUUUAUGCUGUCAUGACUCCAAUGCUUAAUCCUUUAAUCUACAGCCUCAGGAACAACGAUGUGCAGAGUGCCUUACAAAGAGCGUUGGAAAAAUUUAGUGAAAAAGGAUAAAGACUCAGUGAAUCUAUCCUCUCCUCCAGCAGUCCAAAGAAAGACAUUACAAACAAAGAAGAAAUAAUUGCUAUGCCUUUUCAUGUGUAUUCUUUGUUAAACAACUUCUAAAUACUUUUUAAUUUGUGUUGCUGUUAUAAAUGACAUUUUAUUU